AUGUCUCAGUCCAAGGUCAAGACCGCCCAGCUCUGGAACAAGUCCAAGGAUGAGCUUGCGACCCAGCUCGCCGACCUCAAGUCGGAGUUGAUCUCGCUCAGGACUGCCAAGGUUGCUGGAGGUUCAUCCACCAAGCUCACCCGCAUCCAUGACGUCCGCAAGGGUAUCGCGAAGGUCCUUACCGUCAUCAACGCCAACCAGCGCGCCCAGCUGAGGCUCUUCUACAAGGGCAAGAAGUACCUCCCCCUCGACCUCCGAUCCAAGCAGACCCGUGCCAUCCGCCGAAGGCUCACCAAGCACGAGUCGUCGCUCGUCACCGAGAAGCAGAAGAAGAGGAACAUCCACUUCCCCCAGCGCAAGUACGCCGUCAAGGCAUAA